GAAUCGAUAAUUCAUAGUAUUAUUAUGUAAGUGAUACUGUUUAUUUUUUUUUCCAAAUUUUCUUCUCUUUCUAGCUUUAAACGGGUCAGCUUGUAGAAGAGUCCUUGUCUGAGAUUUCUGUAUCUUUGAGCAGACAUUUCUGGGUUCCACUGAGAUUUGUUGCUUCUCUCUGGUUUAAGUUAAGUACUUUUUUUCUUCUUCUUCUUCUUCUUCUUCUAUAUAAUUUUCCACAAGUUGAUCAAUUUUGGGUUUUCAAAAUUUUAGUAAAAAAUUUGAUCUUUACCUUGUGAUCUAGCUGUUUUCCCAUCUGGGUUUUUCUAAUAUUGUCAGCCUAAGUGGGAAAAAGCCAAAAAGGUGAAAUUUUUUAGUGGUAUAUGGUAAUUUUCUAGGUGGGUUUUUGUUGGUUAAGGAAGAUUGACUACCGGUUGUGGUUGGGGGUGGGGAGAGAUGAGAAGGCUGUGAUGGUGUGUUGGGUUUGAGUGUUUAGGGGUUAUUGAGAGAGAGAUGGGAUUGGGUGGUGAGAAUGGUAAAGUGGAGAGUUGGGAAGUGGGAAAAUCAAAGGUUGUGAAGAAGAAGAAGAAGAAGGAAGUGGUGGAAGCUAAAGGUGGUGUGGAAGAGGAAGAAAUUGGGUGUUGGGUUAGGCUAAGGUUUCUUGGGAGCUGCAUUUCUUCAAGAUCCAAAGUGGAUAGCUCAAUCAGUGGAACCACUACUCAUUAUGCUGAAAGUAAAUCAACCAAUGAUACAAGCAGAGACCAACCUGCAGCUCCAAUUGUCCCAUCCUCAACCACUAGUAAUGCAGAAAGUAAUUCAUCCACUUCCAAGCUUGAAGAAGAGCUUAAAGUUGCUUCUCGUCUGCGAAAAUUCUCAUUUAAUGAUCUUAAGUUGGCAACAAGAAAUUUUAGACCUGAAAGUCUUCUGGGUGAAGGAGGUUUUGGUUGUGUGUUCAAGGGGUGGAUUGAAGAAAAUGGAACUGCUCCGGUGAAACCUGGCACAGGGCUUACUGUUGCUGUAAAAACUCUGAACCAUGAUGGGCUUCAGGGUCAUAAAGAAUGGCUGGCUGAAGUGAAUUUUCUUGGUGAUCUGGUUCAUCCUAAUCUGGUCAAGCUUAUUGGUUACUGCAUUGAAGAUGAUCAAAGGCUGCUAGUAUAUGAGUUCAUGCCUCGAGGGAGCUUGGAAAACCAUCUAUUUAGAAGAUCCCUGCCUCUUCCAUGGUCCAUUAGGAUGAAAAUUGCACUAGGUGCUGCAAAGGGUCUUGCUUUUCUUCAUGAGGAAGCAGAAAGACCAGUUAUAUAUCGUGAUUUUAAAACCUCCAACAUCCUGUUAGAUGCAGACUACAAUGCGAAACUUUCUGAUUUUGGACUUGCCAAAGAUGGUCCUGAGGGUGACAAGACCCAUGUUUCUACCCGUGUGAUGGGAACCUACGGUUAUGCAGCCCCAGAAUACGUCAUGACAGGACAUCUUACAUCAAGGAGUGAUGUCUACAGUUUUGGUGUGGUUCUACUUGAAAUGCUGACUGGCAGAAGAUCCAUGGACAAAAACCGACCUAAUGGUGAACAUAAUCUAGUGGAAUGGGCUCGGCCACAUCUAGGAGAGAGAAGAAGAUUCUACCGGUUGAUAGACCCUCGGCUUGAAGGUCACUUUUCAAUUAAAGGAGCCCAAAAAGCUGCGCAACUGGCUGCUCACUGCCUUAGUCGGGAUCCAAAAGCCAGACCCCUGAUGAGUGAAGUUGUUGAAGUCUUAAAACCACUGCCAAACCUUAAGGACAUGGCAAGCUCAUCAUAUUAUUUCCAGACCAUGCAAGCUGACCGCGUGGGGUCCAGCCCAAAUGCUAGAAAUGGCAUCCGAACACAAGGAGGAUCCUUUUCAAGGAAUGGGCAGCAGCAGAGGAGCCUUUCCAUAAAUAGUUCCCAUGCUUCUCCGUAUCACCAUCAUUACACUUUUCAAUCCCCAAAACCCAAUGGUAAACCAUAGCAUUCGCUUUGGUAAUAUCUGUUUCUUUUCUCCACCCCAUUGGCUUCUUUUUUCCCUCUUCUUCAGUAUAGAUGUAUCUUCUGCUAAAGCAUUUGUUCUUAGACAACUGAAAAAAAGCAACACAGAAACAUGUUUGCUUUGAUGAUGUGUUUAGAGUGGUGAACUCCCUGCGGGGGAGAAUGUAAGGGCAAGUGAAAGCUUGUUGAGCAAAAUGUCUUAUCUCAACCAAUGUAUCUUCAGUUUGUUUUUUAAUGUUAAAAGUGUAUUACACUCCCCCAUCCCCCGCCCCUCUCUCUUUUUCCCCCCUUUUUUGGUCUUCUUUUCAUUUCAUUCUUGAUUAAUACAAGUCUGCUGUGUUUUAUGGUCA